CUCGUUUGAUUAUUUUAAAACACAAGAUUUUAACUAUAUCAACUAAAAUAUUAGCAAUGGGUAAACGAAAGAUUAAAGAAACUCCUCAAUUGAGAAAAAGAAAAAAAUUAAUCACAAGUCAAGACAACCAACUAGAUUCCUUUUCAUUUUCCAGCAAAAAAUUACCCAAAAAUUAUAGUAAUAUCUUAAAUAGAGAUAAUGAUAAGGAUUAUGAUGAUCUAGAGUUGAAACCAAGAUCUUUUAAAAAUAUGCCCAAUAAUGAUGACACAGUAGAGGGCUUACCAAUUAAAACUAAAGAUGGCUCUAUUAAACGAGUAAUCAGAAAAAAAGAAAAAUUAAAACCUAUCCAUCAAGAUGAAAUAAACAGCGACGAUGAUCAUGAUGAUGCCGAAAGUCAAUACAACAAUAGCAACAGAAUAAACUCAAAAAGUAGAAAUUCUGAUUCUGAUUCUGAUUCUGAUUUCAACAAUGAAAACGAAGAUGAAAGUAAUGCAAAUUUAGAACAAAAAGUUAUUUUGUUAAAAGAAAAUAUUGCAAAUAUAGUUGAAACAAUCUUGGAAAAUCCUGAAGAAAACAUAUCAACUUUAUCAAAACUAAUCAAACUAGCAUUAUCAAAAAACCCAAUAACUUCUAACUAUUCUUUAUUAUCUUUAGUUCAUAUUUUUAAAAAUAUUAUACCUGGUUAUAAAAUAAGACCUUUGACUGAUAUCGAAAAAAAAGAAAAAAAAAUUUCAAAAGAGGUUAAACUGUUAAGAAAUUUCGAGCAAAAUUUAGUCAAAUAUUAUAAAAUCUACUUGGAUAUACUAUCUUCAUUAGCAAGUAAUAGAGUUUCAAAUCAAAAUAAUAAUAAUAAUAAUAAUAAUAAUAAUAAUAAUAUCAAUAAUAUUGAUGACAAUGAUAGUAAAGAUUCAAGUUCAAAUAAAAAUAAAAAUAACGACAAUAAUACUUUUAAUUUCAACAAAAAGAUUACUAAAAAACUCAAGAAUCAAUCUAGUGAAACAAUAAAAAUUAAUAAAAGAUUAUCUAUCAUAAUAGCCUGUGAUCUAGCACCCUCAGUUCAUCACUUUAAUUUUCGAAAUGAACUAAUUCAAAUAAUAAUCAACUAUUUACGAUCGUCUCAAAAUAUUUCGAAUUUAAAUAAUGAUGAUUUAAAUGCUUUCAACAAGGCUUUUGAGACAUUGUCAAAUUUAUUUAAACUUGAUUCAAUUAAUGGGGAUUUGUCUUUUGAUAUUUUAAGAAUGUAUAUAAAAUCCUUUAAAAUAUCUAACAAUUCGAAUUCCAAAACUUUUAGACUAAGAAAUCCAACAUUAUUAAAUAUUUUAUUGAACAUAUCAAUUUUAUCAGAUUAUGAUCCAGAUUCAUUAUACGAUGAUGAAAAUAAUUCGAAUAAAAACAAAAGUUCAAAAAAUAAGAAGAAUAGAAAGCAUCUAUCGAAAAAGGAAAAGAAAGCUCGUAAAGAAACCAAAGAAAUUGAAGAGGAAUUUAGAAUUGCUCAACAACAAAUAACUGAGAAAGAAAGAGAUAGGUUUCAGGCUGAAAUAUUAAAAAUGCUAUUGAUUUUUUACUUGAAUUUAUUGAAAUUUCAGAUUGAAGGUAAUUUUAAAAAUUUAAAUCUAGAACUAAUAACAGUUGUUUUAAAAGGUUUAGCUCAAUAUGGGCAUAUGGCAAACAUCGAUCUACUAGGUGAUUUCUUACAGAUUUUAAAAGAAAUUGUUCAUGAGUUGGUUUUAAAAACCCAGGAAGAACAAGACGAAUCUAAAAACAUUGAAGAUAAUGGAAAAUUUAAUUUACUUACAAACGAAGAUUGUUAUGUAAUUUUAUUGUCUAUUGUAACAUCUUUUCAAUUGGUUUCAAAUCAAGCCCUGCUAAAAAUCAAAAUCGAUUUAUCCUUUUUUAUUGAGUGUUUAUAUUCAAUUUUACCAGUUCUAUCAAUAAAUUCUAAUACUUUAAAUUCUUCAAAAACUAUAAACUUAUUGAUAAAAUCUUUAGAUAAUAUUUUUUUUAGCUCCAAGUCAUCCGGCAAUAGAUUAAGAGCUUUAGCAUUUACAAAAAGACUUUAUGUGGUGCUAUUGAAUUCUUCUGAAAAAUCUUCUUUGGUUUUGCUACGAUUUAUUGAAAAAUUGAUGAAUAAAUAUAGUGAAAUUGAAAGUUUGUAUUUAUCUGAGGAUCAAGAUACUGUUGCUAAUGGAAUAUAUCAAAUCAAUGUUAAUGAUAUAAAUAGAUGUAAUGCUGACUGUGCAUUAAUUUGGGAAAUGGCUCUAUUAGUAAAUCAUUAUUGUCCUGAAACCAAGAAAAUGUCUUUAUCUUUGUAUAAUAAAGCAAUCAAAGGAAACGUUAAAAAAUAAUAAAAAAUGUAAUUCUUUCAAUAAGAUUAAUAGACAAAACUUCAUUUCCUAGCCUGUAGACUAUUAGAAAUAAGUAUUAGAAAUAUAAUAGCACAAUAAUUUUGAGUAAUAUAAAGCCAUUCAAUUAACAAAAUAAUUCAAGACUAUUUGUCAGCUCCAUUUCCGUGAAAAGUACGCGAAAGAUGUUUAUAAGCUUGCUUAGUUGUUAACAGUUUUCCAUUAUCAUCAAAAUAUUUCAACUCGA